AUGUACAUGGUCAGAUGUGGCCUCAAACCUAAUGUACCGUGUCUUUCACUUGACCUGGCCUUUGCGCUAUCGAAACAACUCAUAAAUAGGCGUUUUAGAUCUACCUUACAAAUGGAAGAUGAUAGAAAUAUAAUGGAAACCCUCGGCAAAGACAAAAGUAUAUCCUCCGAAGAAGUUGAGUUUAAGUUAGCACAACUAAGGGAAUUUACCAAGAACCUAAAGAGCCGUAUUCACAAUGUCAAGUCGCCAAAGUUAGCUAGUUAUAAAGUCAACGAUGCGGCGUCAAUAUCUGAGGAAGCUAGAACUCUCGAUAUUAGCAGAAACAUCUCUUUCGAAAAUGAAGCACCUGUAACUGAGAAUAAGGGUACCGGAAAUCUGGUCAGUUUGAUCCAAUCUUCAUUUUCAGAGAAGGUUAAUUAUCUUGUACCGAAAGUAAUAAGAGAAAGAGUAGCCGAUGACGACGUUCUUGCGAAAAGUAUUCUCGACAAAUCUCAGAGGAACUGGGCACCUAUCAUAGAUAAACUUUAUACCAGUGGUGAAAGACUAAAAAACACUGAUUCCAAGGAAAUGUCCGUUUGGUUAAAGGAUACAAUAAAAGUUUUGCCAUUCCAUAGUAUCCUUCAAUUGGAUGAAAUGCUGUUGGAGCAAAUUGACGGAGACGUUGCUAAAUUCAACACUCAUAUGUAUGAAUGCAUUUUCAACAAUUUAGGGAACUUAAGACCAAGCAGCUCGAAUCAGAAUGCUACUAUUAACGACAAAGUCAUACUCAAAAUGAAACAAUUACUAGAGAGGUAUGAUAACACCUUGAAAAUAAUUGAAGAGAGACGUGCUAAAAAUGAAGGACCACCUCUGCGAAAACCAAAGAUGACCCAACUAAUAUUCAAUAACUGCCUAAAAUACUCAAGCAAAUGCUCGAGCUUCGAAGACAUGGAGUAUUUCAUUGUAAGGUUUAAGGAUAUUUAUGACAUAUCGCCAAACAAACAAAACUUAACUACCGUGAUACAAUUCUAUUCUAGAAAGGGGGAAAUGACUAAACAAGCUUGGAAUACUUUUGACACAAUGAAAUUUUUAUCCACAAAACACUUCCCUGACAUACGCACAUAUAACACCAUGCUACAAGUAUGUGAAAAGGAAAAGAAUUUUCCAAAGGCCUUAGAUUUAUUUCAAGAAUUACAAGACCAUAAUAUCAAACCCACAACUGACACUUAUAUAAUGAUGGCGAGGGUUUUAGCUACUUCAAGCAGUAAUACCAUUGUAAGUGAGGGCAAACCAAGCUCUCUAAGACUGUUGGGAUGGAAAUAUCUUCAUGAGUUAGAAGAAAAAAAGCUUUAUAGACACAAAAAUGAUGAGUUAAACUUAUUUCUGGCUAUGAUGGCAUUAGCCGCAUAUGACGGUGACGUCGAGUUGAGUAGAGCUCUGUAUUACUUAUUUAUUGGGAAAAAGUACAAAACUGUUUGCGCACAUUGGAAUGGAAACAUUUCCAAAGACCAAGACAGGAUAUGGAAAUCUGUUUUGUUACCCGAGAUGCUAAAUUACUUAAUGCUUGCUUAUGCAAACUUUGAUCCUAGAAAAUUGCCAGUGUUAUCUGGCUACGAGAAAGGUAUUGAGUUGAGAAGGAGAUUGUUAAGUGAGUUCGACUCCGCCGGAAGAUUGGAUGAUACUAACAAGUCUGUCAGAUUUAAGUUGCCAUUUCUUCCAAUUAAUAGUUUGACUUUAGAAGCGCAAGUACUGGCGGAAUCUAAUGCAGUUUGGAAUUUCAACCUCGAAAAUGGAGGAACAUUUCAUACAUUGACAUCUACGAAUGAAACAAUACGAGAAGCAGUAAAAAAAGAUGAACAGUUGUUCGAUUCUUUUGCCAGGGAUGCAAAUGAUUUAAAUGAUUUCAAAUUUAGAAUCAUGUAUGAAGUGGCUAAAAGGAAAAAGGAUGACAUUAACGUCAGAGUGUUCAACAAAAUAUCUUUAUACACUUAUUUGACAAUACCCAUAAACUUAAAGCAUCAACAAGAAUUCCUGCGAAGGUUAACAGUCUUCACUUUUCAACAACAUGAAUUUGAAGCUGUCAUAAAACGAUUAUAUGAGAGUUAUUGUAACAUUCUCUUGACUGAUCAUAUCGGUCAAAAAUGUACGUCAGAUGGAACCAUUUCCACAAACGAGGUCGAGAUAAGGAAAGAGUCAACGUUGAGAAUGGAUGAUAUAUGGUACAUCACCUGUCUGAAAUAUAAAAUUAUGAUGGAUGCCACGAUGUACGAAUUGGUAAUGAAAGCUGCGACGGAAUUUCAAAAUGAGGAAUUAGCUAAAAAAGUAUGGAACGACAGGGGUAAGUUCAGGACGACUACGCCGUUUUUACAAACUGACCAAAGAACUAGGAUAUCAAAGGACCAGAAAUUUGCACACUUGAUGGUCGAAUUUUUCACAAAACAGGGAAAAUAUUCUGAUGCAAUGGCUAUCGUUCUAUCUUCCAAAAAUCGUUUCAAUUGGGCGUAUUCUAUGGUCAGGAACUUGCACAAGGCCCUGGAAGAAAUCGAUGAUAGAAAUAAUGUUGAGAUCUUACUUGAUGUGGUUAAUAAGAAAUCGCAUGCAAAUGCAUUAAAGUGGGAAGAGCGGGAGCUCAAGUUCUAA